UCAACUUCCCCCAGCUGAUGGGCGUCGCCUGCGCAGCUCCUCUGAAAGGUGUGGCGACUUCUCUAAACUAUCCUACCGACGCUCCCACACUGCCAGCAGGCCUUUUUCUCUCUUAGUUUGGAACUGUCCUCCACAGACAUGUCUGUUUGGGAUGACUUGGACCUGCUGUUAGACUCCCCCUCCUCACUGACUGUGACAUCCAAUGCAAGAGGAACUGUGAAGGACAAGCUAGAUUUCAAAGUGGUUGAGGAUGUGGCUGCACUGAGGAAGGCCGUAGAGGGCAUAGGUACCACAGAAAAGACACUGAUUGAGGUGCUGGCCCAAAGAAGUAAUGCUCAGCGUCAGAUUAUUGCCAGUGCUUAUCAGAAGGCCACAGGAAGGACGUUACAGGCUGACCUGGAGGGCGACACCCAUGGAGACUUUGAGGACUUGCUAGUGGCCCUGCUAGCGCCCCCUGCUGUCUACGACUGCAAAGAAGUAAUCAAAGCCAUCAAGGGUGCGGGGACCACAGAGAGCACGCUGACUGAAAUCUUCGCCUCCAGGUCCAACAAACAAAUCCAAGCCCUGUCUGAAGCUUACCUGGCAGAAACGGGGAGAUCACUGACACAUGACCUGAAGUCUGAGGUGUCUAAUGACUAUGGCAAAGCACUGCUCCUCUUGGCUGAGGGGAAGAGAGAUGAGAGCACUCAUGUGGAUAACACCAAAGCAAAGGCAGAUGCUCAGGCCCUGUACGAAGCAGGGGAGAAGAAGUGGGGGACUGACGAGAGCAAGUUUAUCGACAUCCUGUGCCACAGGAGUGUUCCCCAGCUUCGACAGACUCUGGUGGAGUACAAGAACUUGAGCAAAAAGACUCUGCAGGAGAGCAUUGAGAGUGAGAUGUCUGGCAACCUGGAGAAGAUACUAGUGGCUAUUGUCAAGUGUGUAAAGAGUGUUCCUGCAUACCUUGCAGAGAGGCUUUACAAGAGCAUGAAGGGUUUGGGUACCACAGAGUCCACUCUGACCAGGAUAUUAGUCAGCCGCUCAGAGGUUGAUUUGCAGGACAUCAAAGCAGAGUACAAAAAGCUGUUUGGAUCUUCUCUCCUCUCCCAGUUGGAGUCUGAAGUGUCAGGUAGCUACGGCAAUGCCCUGAAGCUUCUCUGUGGCCCAGACGAGUAACUCCUCCCACUGCGUGAUGAGGAGCAUGUGGCGUGCAAGUGCAGCUUAACCCCAAAGCAGAUGAGAUCCAUGUGGGAGAAGCACCUCUGCUAGUGAUGACCAGUAGUUCAUGCAGUCGGUAUUUUCGUACUGAUGUGAUUGCUUGAAUUUGGAUCUAACAUUAGCUGGAACUAUCUGUCUACAGCAACUUUUAAUGUGAAAUUACAGGAAUAUAAACCAAACAUUUCAAAGAUUUUCAAGUCCAGUCCCCUGUAGACAAGACUGAAGGAGUCUGAUAUGUGCUGUGUGCUCUCUCACUGAAACGCCUUGUGUUGCAGGGGAAAAAAAAAAAAAUCAAUACUACCUUUUAUGGAUAUGAAGAGGCUGGUGAAUGUUUUGAUCAAUAUGACUAUAUUGU